UCGCGCUCUGUCUCGUCUGGUGGGGUGGGAGGGCGAAAGGCGAAGGAUUUUCCUUUUUUUUGUGUUCUCUGUUCUCUCUCUCUCUCUCUCUCUCUCAUCUUCUGUUACUUGGGAUUUCUUCGUGGAAUCUGGUUUCUGGAUAUUGGAUCUCGAUGUCAGGACCUCUCUGGAUUGGGGGAAGAAUGCUGUAGAUGAGCUCUAAUAGGAGUGGAUUCGGAGGCGGAUCGACGAAUCUGGCGGUGAUUUUCCUGUCGGAGGAAUCCGGACUUCAGGAGAUUUUGUGUCUUUCUUUCUUUAUCUUUCCGAUUUAGAUGGCUUCGAAUCCUCCGUUCAACAUGGAGGAUCAGACGGAUGAGGAUUUCUUCGACAAGCUGGUGGAGGAUGAUUUCGAACCUACAAUGCCGUCUUCCCCGUCUACUGGUGCUGCAAAACCGGUUGAUGGAACUAAUUUUGAUAACACGAGCUCUUUCGCUAAUCUGAGCAUUGCUGAUGAUUCUGGUGACGAGGAACAAAGUCACCGAGAGAAAGAGGUUAGUGAUCCAUCGGCGGGGGAAGAGGCCAAUCUAUCGGCUUCAAAGGCUGAUGAUAACAGAGAGCCUCUCAUGGUAGAAUCCAAUUCGUUGAGUCCAUCAAACGAAUUAGCAGUGGAGGGUAACGGAGUGAUGGAGCUGCAAAAUGAAGGGUCAGGGCUGGAGGCUGAAGCUCUGCCGAGAUCUGAUUCAAUAGAAGCUAGCAGUGUAAAUGGAUCUGGGGGUUCCAGGGUUAAGGAGGUGGGUUGGAACGCGUUUUAUGCUGACUCCAUGGAUAAUUCUGGACACGAUGGAUUGGAUUUCUUCGGUGAUCUAGGAAAUAACGCUGCAGGUUUUCCUGGAAAUACGGAGGAUGGUGCAAAUUGUGGAGACUAUACUGCCAUGGGAAUCACACAACCUAAAGAUAUUGGCUCAGAUAAAUCGGUUAAUGAUUGUAAUCCCGUAGAUCAGAUUGCUAACGGACAGGAUUCCAGUGACAAUCAGUAUUGGGAGAACAUGUAUCCGGGAUGGAAAUAUGAUCCAGCUACUGGGCAAUGGUAUCAAGUAGAUAAUCAUGAGCAGAGCAUGAAUUCUCUACAGAAUGAUGGCGAUUUGACUACUGCUUGGGGCAAGGCUUCCGACAGGAAUACAGAGGUUGCUUACUUAAGGCAAAGCAAUCCAUCUGUUGUGAGUAAAAUAGCUGAGACUAGCACAACAGAGAGCAUCUCUAAUUGGAAUCAGGAUUCCCAAGCUAAUGGUGGCUACCCAGACCACAUGGUUUUUGAUCCUCAAUACCCAGGCUGGUACUACGACACAAUUGCUCAAGAAUGGCGUGCACUGGAUAGCUACAAUGCAUUGUCUCAAUCAGCUGAUCAGGUUCAUGACCUCAAAAAUCAAAAUGGUUAUAGUUCCGUUGAUGGGUAUUCUAAUGAUAUUGCAGGCACCAUGCUUAGUGAAAAUGGCCAGGCUGAUAAGAUUUCUUCUGAAGAUCUUGGUAGCCAAGGUCAACAUGUCAGCUGGACUAACUAUAACGGAACCCACAGUAAUGAGAUUACUAAUUCUUGGCAGCCUGAAAUUCCAGCUAGGACUGGGACAGUCGCGUUCUCAGCGACGGCUUCUGGUUUUAAUGGAAACCAACAAGUAGAUAACUUUUACGGUUCUAAUGGUUUUGUUGACAACCUUUCUUCCGGAUAUCAUUCAUAUGAUAAAGCAAGUCAAGGCCAAUUUGAGACAAAUGGCUUGGAUGGAGCUCAUACCUUUGUUCCUGAUAUGAAUUUGGACCAGCAAUUCAGUGUGACUAAUAUGAAACAGAGUGGGCAAAUGGGUUUCUCAACUGACUUCUAUGGGAGUCAACAAUCUUUAAAUGUACCUCAGCAAUCAUUUCAGCCCAUUCAACAGUUUCCUUAUGGUCCCAGUUCUGGACUAUCACCGGAUGGACGUCCACCACAUGCAAUUGUUACUUUUGGGUUUGGUGGAAAACUAAUAUUGAUGAAAGAUAAUAGCUUAUCAUCUGGAAGCCAGACUUCUGGCAGGAACUCUAUAUCCAUCUUGAAUGUGAUGGAAGCUGUUGCUGGAAGUGAUAAUUUGCCAGGUCUUGGAGCAGGGACUUCUAAUUACUUCAGUACCCUUUGCCAUCAAUCCUUUCCUGGUCCAUUGGCUGGUGGAAGCGUGGGCAGCAAAGACUUGCAUAAGUGGAUCGAUGAAAGAAUGCCAAAUUGUGAAUCUCUAGGCCCAGAUCAUAGGAAAGGAGAAUUACUAAAGUUGCUACUUUCACUGCUAAAGAUAGCUUGUCAGCACUAUGGAAAACUCCGAUCUCCUUUUGGCACCAACACAACUGUGAGGGAGUCUGAUUCUCCAGAAUCAGCAGUGGCUAAGCUAUUCACAUCGACCAAGAAGAAAGGCAUGGGCCACAGCAUGUAUGGAGCUCUUAGCCACUGUUUGCAGCAUAUACCACCAGAGCAACAGUUGCAGACGGCUGCUUCAGAAGUGCAGAAUCUUUUGGUUUCUGGUAGAAAGAUGGAGGCUCUGCAAUGUGCCCAAGAAGGCCAGUUAUGGGGACCUGCUCUUAUUAUUGCAGCUCAACUCGGAGAACAGUUUUAUGUUGAUACCGUGAAGCAAAUGGCACUUCGCCAGCUAACAGCUGGAUCGCCUUUGAGAACGUUAUGCCUACUCAUUGCUGGGCAACCAGCUGAAGUUUUCUCCAGCAACAAUGUGAGUGAUGGUGGACUUGAUGGCUCUACGAUUAUGUCUCAUCAAAACCAGAACGGAUAUAAUAGCAUGCUUGACGACUGGGAAGAAAAUUUGGCUGUGAUAACAGCAAAUAGAACAAAGGAUGAUGAGCUUGUGAUUACUCAUCUCGGAGAUUGCCUGUGGAAGGAUAGAAGUGAGAUAACUGCGGCUCAUAUUUGCUACAUAAUUGCGGAGAUGAACUUUGAGCCAUAUUCAGAUACUGCAAGACUGUGUUUAAUUGGAUCAGAUCACUGGAAGUUCCCUCGAACCUAUGCCAGUCCAGAGGCUAUUCAGAGGACGGAAUUAUAUGAGUACUCAAAGGUGCUAGGGAACUCGCAGUACAUGCUUCUUCUUUUCCAGCCUUACAAGAUCAUUUAUGCGCAUAUGCUGGCAGAGGUUGGGAAACUUUCAGAUGCAAUGAAGUACUGUCAAGUGGUGCAAAAGUCCCUUAAAACCGGCCGCUCCCCUGAAGUGGACAUGUGGAAACAGCUCGUGUCCUCCCUCGAAGAAAGGAUCCGUGUUUAUCAACAGGGCGGGUUUACAAAUCUGGCCCCUGCUAAAUUGGUCGGGAAACUGCUAAACUUCUUUGAUAGCACUGCCCAUCGUGUUGUCGGUGGUCUACCACCGCCUGCACCAACGUCUCAGGGAAACACUUUGGUCAAUGGGCAGAAUCACCGUCAAGGCACAGGUAGAGUUUCGGCUAGUCAGUCGACAAUGGCCAUGUCGUCACUAAUGCCAUCUGAUUCAAUGGAGCCCAUAAGUGCAUGGGCUGGUGAUGGAAGCAAGAUGAAGAUGCAUAAUAGAAGUGUUUCGGAACCAGACUUCAGUAGGACACCGCAGGUUGAUUCAUCAACAAAAGAGUUGUCAGGUGAUGCGCAAGGCAAGAACUCAGGUACCGCUGGUGUAUCUCGGUUUAGUCGUUUCGGUCUUCUGCAAAAGACAGUGGAUUUAGUCCGAUGGUCGAGAGGCCGCCAGGCCAAACUUGGUGAAGAGAACAAAUUCUAUUAUGAUGAAAAGCUCAAGAGGUGGGUAGAGAAAGGUGCUGAGAUUUCAGCUGAUGAACCAGCUCUGGCACCGCCUCCUACAACUGCCGCUUUCCAAAAUGGCAAUGCUGAUUUUGGUGGCACGAGACCUGCAACGAGUGAAAUGUCACCAACCAGCACGAACCCCGGGUUCAGCCCACCAAACCCAGAUAGCUCUUCAGGAAUGCAACUGAAACUCGAAAAACUUUGGCUGAGAAGAACGUGGGUUUUUUCUUUAAACAGGUACGUGGACACUUUCAACAAAGGUCGCCCAAACGCUGCAGCGAGCACGUUCAGAUCACCAGCCGCCCCAUCAGUCAAACCUCCUCCCACAGCAAACACAAAUUUCUUCAUCCCGACGACACCCAUAGAUACCGAGGAACAUAAUGCACCAUCCACAGCUGAUCCCACCCAAGUUGAAACUCUGGUCAGACCAGAAGACAAUUACAGCAACACUUCAGUGGCAGGUCUGGCUCAGACAUUCCAGACCCCUCCUGCCGCGUCAUCAGCAAUGACUAUACAACGAUUCCCUAGCAUGGACCACAUCAGAGGCUCAGCAGCUGCGGCACCAAACCAUCUCAACGGCAACUUCUCAGGACACUCAAGAAGAACCGCUUCUUGGGGCGGAAGCUUUGAUGUUAUGGCUGGCGGCCGCCCUAUCAAUGAAUCAGGUCCAAGACCUCUGGGCGAAGUCCUCGGCCUGCCUCACUCUGCCUACAUGUCGGGUCCAUUACCCGCCAAUGCUCUCGGAGAUGAGCUUCAGGAGGUGGAACUCUGAAACGCGGAAAAGUCACCGGAAGAAUAAUAUGUAAAUAUCCGAAAGUUGUGCUUCUGCAGCAGCCACCCCUCUUUCGGAAAAAGCUCUAUGCAUAAGUUCCCGGAAAAUGCAACCAGGCUUGUCUCCAAACAUCAGGUGAGAGCUCUGGAACUAUCUGUGAUUUUGCAAAAAACAAAGAGCUUUAUCUUGUUUUUUCAGAUAGGGAAUUGGGUCGGCGAAAUAUAUAUGAUACGAUUUGUACUUGUUACAUUUAUUCAUUACUUCGAAAACCCCAGAGGUAUAAAGAAAGAGCGUGGUGGAAGGCUGAGAGAGAAAGCUCUUGAAAGAUAGGAGCAGGUGGAGGAGAGAAUAGGGUUUUUUCUUAAAAGAGUUUAUGUGAAAUUCUAUGGUAUAAUUGCAUUUGGCAUGUCUUUGUAUUCUGGUUUAGAUAUGAUUAUUAUGAUCAAUAAUUAUAUAUUCCAGUUUUA